GGCCCUGCGCCCCUUGGUAGUUGUGCAUAUAUCCUCGCCAGUUGGCGCUACUUUCUAUGUUUAAGGUAUUUAUCUCCCGAGGGAAAACUUCGCUAAAAUAGAUGGCACCACUUUGUACGUGUACGACAAACAAAAAGUGACGAGGUGGCCUCCAGUGGCGAAGGUCGGAUUCGAACCAGCGUCUUUAGCUGACCGGGGCGUCUUUAGCCAGUUAACGUCAUGAACCCCUAGGCCACCCCGUCACGGUGAAACUGGUCCUAAUUUCUCGACUAUAUAUGCAAUCGUAAUGAGACUAGGCGUUAUGUGAAAUUCGCAUGUAUCGAUGCCAAUUUCCUAUAGCUCGUUGAGCAAUAAUGUAAAUGACUACAUUUGACCUCGCUCGACAAAGAUGAUUCAGUUUGCACCGAAAGUUGAGUUCAUGAGAACCGUUUCACACGUUUCUUUACCACAUGCGCCCCGCCCGUCUACACCCCACCCCUCCACUGAAUUUUUCUGCUAUAAAAGAGCAUGUUGAACCAUAUUCCCACUACAGUGUCACAACGAAUAUUGCGUUGAAAUCAUGGAUCCGCAAGCUUCAUCACAUACCAAAUCCGACAACAAUACCAUCACCACUUGGUGCUGCCAGUGCUGGUUGUCCACCACCACAAGCGGCGGCGGCGGCGGCUGUGACGGUGGCUGUAGCAGCUCCACUUCGCAAUCGUCACCCGGACCACAACCGAUGGCAACAGCAAAGGCACUGUUAAAACAAGACGAUGGGGACAAGGGAAAAACAAACUGCCUAGAGAGCGCUUCUGAGAGCGAUACGAGCGAUGAAAUGAAAUCUUUUUAUCAAGGAUGUAAAAGCAAGUGGAUAAAAGCGUUCCAGAACAAUACUCUGAUUAAUAGAUGGCGCCUCCCCAUGCCAUUUCACACAUUUAGAGCGGAAGUAGCGAGAUUGUUAAAACGAUUGUAUAUCGAAGGUCACCAUGACGAUUGUCAUAUUUACCUGUUAAUUGUAAUGUGGGACGAUUUAAACGAUGACGUAGAAGAGAUAGUGGGAGAUGCUCAAAUCAACUAUCAAGACUGGAUUGCGUUAUUAGGUGGCGUUACAGCGGAACUAUUUUCACGCGUGGUGUUCAAUACUAAAUCUUUUAAUUAUUUAAUCAAUGUAAUAUUUUGUGUGCUAGGUCCAAACAUAAUAGCUUCCGGUGAUUAUGAAUGUGAACCUAAAUGUAAGAAUGCUCGUACAUAUUAAGGUGAUGAUGCAUUUAUUCCUUGUCAUUGUUUAAUUUUAAAUUGUUAGCUCGCUGCGAAUGUAAAUGUUUUAAUGUACACGUAUUAAUAAUAAAUUCAUAUUACUGAAUA